UUUGCGGGACUCCAUAGCCCGAACAUGGGGUUCAAUUUUGUCACCGUUUGCGUAAAGUAGUACCGUGAAGAGAGAGGGGGGGGGAAAACGAUGGAAAAGCGCGUCUGAUGCAGGAUAAAGUGUCUGUUUUCUGUGAAGAAUCGAACCAUCUCCAUCCGAGUGUGCCAGACAGAAAGAGACAGAAGGGUUUUACUGGAAACUCAGACUCCCUCUGAGCUCCUCCGAGGACUCUGGGAACCAAGUCAGAAAGUUACAUGCUGAAAUCUGCUGUGUCGACCUGAGGUCCAGGGUGUAAGGGGAGCAGCAGGCCUCAAAGCUCCAAUGCCAGUGGACAUGCAGCCACACCAGGGGCUGUAUCACUAUGAGACCUCCCCCAGCCAGCCCUCCAGAGGCCUAGUCCCAUCAGACCAGUCUCCCUACAGUGAUGUCUCCUCGCUGCGUGCCCCGCUCCUCAAUGGCCCACCCCAGGACUGCCGUGCCAUGUAUAAUCCCAUGACUCCAAGUAUGACUCAUGGAUCAGGACCAGGACAGGGGAUGGGCCACUGCAUGGAUCAAUAUAUGAGGCCCCCUCAGGCUCCACUGCCACACGGUAUGAUGGGCCAAAGGGGCAUGCCGCCCACAGAGGGUGGCAACAGCACCCCCUACUGUAACCAGACUAACAUGGCACCCUCUCAUCACAACUUCUGCCAGUUUCAGCCUGGCUCUGAUCAGAUUGGCUCAGGGGAUGGCUCCAGGUUUUCCACACCUCGCUCCAUGCUUAAGCUGAGUAAAAAGAGAGCUCUGUCCAUCUCACCUCUUUCUGAUGCCAGUGUUGACCUGCAGACAGUGAUCCGGACAUCGCCUAACUCCCUGGUGGCCUUUGUCAACUCUCGCUGCAACCCCAAUGGUGCCAGUUCUUAUGGGCAUCUCUCUGUGGGCGCCAUGAGUCCAUCCCUUGGCUAUUCCAGCAACAUAAACUGCCAAUCCAGGCAACAAGGUUCUGUGUAUGGAGGAGGUGGGGGAACGCCUCUGGGUGGACACACACCAGGUCCCUGCCAAGCUUCACGCUUACCUCCUCACAAUCCUCGGCUGCACGCACCACCCAAGCAUGGACAUCUGAAGACAGAGCCUGGACUUGGUGGUGUCAUGGAUGGCAUGAAUGUAAAGAGCCUCGAGGAGAGGUCAGAAGGAGAUGUGGCCAGUCCUUCUUCCACUGGUACUCAGGACCCUCUUUUGGGUCUGCUGGAUGGGCGAGACGACCUGGACAAGGAGGAUGGGAAGCCUGAGCAAGAGGCCAUCUAUGAAACCAACUGCCACUGGGAGAGCUGCAACAAGGAAUUUGACACACAAGACCAGCUGGUUCAUCACAUCAACAAUGAGCACAUCCAUGGGGAGAAGAAGGAGUUUGUGUGUCACUGGCAGGACUGCUCUCGAGAGCAGAGGCCUUUCAAAGCACAGUACAUGCUGGUGGUUCAUAUGCGAAGACACACAGGAGAGAAGCCACACAAGUGCACUUUUGAAGGCUGUAAUAAGGCUUACUCUCGCCUGGAGAAUUUGAAGACCCACCUGCGCUCUCACACAGGAGAGAAACCUUAUGUGUGUGAACAUGAAGGCUGCAACAAAGCCUUCUCCAAUGCUUCAGACCGGGCUAAGCACCAGAACCGAACCCACUCUAAUGAGAAACCUUAUGUUUGCAAGAUCCCUGGCUGCACCAAGCGGUACACAGAUCCAAGCUCUUUGCGUAAACAUGUGAAGACAGUGCAUGGCCCUGAAGCCCAUAUCACCAAGAAGCACCGUGGAGACACGGGACCACGACCACCAGGUUCAGCUAUGACCUCUGCAGGUCAGGAAUCUGAACUGCUGCUCGAGAAAUCAGAGACACGCAGGGAGGACUGCAAACUGUUGGCUCCUGAGCCUACUUUGAAAUCCCAGCCAAGCCCAGGUGGUCAAUCAUCCUGCAGUAGCGAACGUUCUCCACUGGGGAGCGCCAACAACAAUGAUAGUGGUGUGGAGAUGAACCUGAAUGCAGCAGGCAGUCUUGAGGAUCUCACAGCACUGGAGGACGGAGUGGCAGGUGGAGGAGGAGGGGAGCCAGGAAGUGUUGGGACAAUGGGAAUGUCUGCACAGGCUUUGAAGAGGCUGGAAAACCUAAAGAUUGAUAAGCUGAAGCAAAUCCGCAGGCCAACUCCUCCUUCCCGUUGUGCCAGUAACAAGCUACCUGCACUUCCUGGUCCUGGAGAAAAUAUGGGAAUGUGUGCACCUUCUCCACUCCUUUCAAAUCGACGAGUUAUGGAGCUUUCCAAUCAUGACCUGGGCGGCACAUCAGUCAGCUGUUCUGCUAAUGACAGGAGAGGAAGCGGCACCAGCAGCCUAAGCUCUGCAUAUACUGUCAGCCGUCGUUCCUCCAUGGUCUCUCCUUAUUUGUCCAGCCGGCGCUCCAGUGACGUCUCACAAAUGGGAGGAACAGCAGGGGGAGGAUGUCACCUCCUCAGUCCGGAGCAAAGUGGGGGAGACCCCCUUUCUCCCGAGACAAAUCGCAGAGGAGCUCCAUGUCCUGGUGGAGGAGGAUUGCCUGGUCUUCCAAAUUUAACACCCGCUCAGCAAUACAGCCUAAAGGCCAAGUAUGCUGCGGCGACGGGAGGACCUCCACCCACUCCUUUACCCAAUAUGGAGCAGACAGGUACAGCAGGAAGAAGAGGUGCUUUGAGUGAGUACCAGGGACAACCUCUGCCUCCCUUUCUUCAACAAGGUGGUCCACGAAGGCAUAGUGCCAACACAGAAUAUGGCACUGGUGUUAUCUACCCUCACCAGGCUCCGGGUAACAACAGCAGGCGGGCCAGUGACCCUGUACGGUCAGUAGCAGAUCCACAAGCCCUUCCUAAGCGCUUCAAUAGCCUUAACAAUGUGGCCUUGAUGAGCCGAAGGAAUGCACUGCAGCACCGUGGCUCUGACACCAGCCUUUCCCGCCACUUGUACUCACCACGGCCACCUAGCAUUACAGAGAAUGUAAUGAUGGAGGCUAUGGGUAUGGAGCCCCAUUUAGCUCCUGUUGACGCCAGGGAUCGUUCCAUGAUGAUGCCCCCUGGAGAGAGGAACUUCAUGGGAUAUCAGCAACAGCAUCAAAAUCCUGGAGGAGCUGGAGGUGGUGGUCCUCUGUCAAAUCAGUUGUCCCCAAGCCAUGACUCUCUGAACUGUCCAGACCAGGCUUACAUGCAGGGGCACUACCAGAACCAAGGAGGGGAGGUUACUUCUAGGGCUGUUGGAAAUACACUAGGUUCAGUGAGGCCAAUUCACUCGGAGGGUAUGUCCAAUACACUUCUCCAACAGGCUGAGUAUAGUAUGAGCAACUGCCAGCUCAGUCCCUCGGGCCCUCAUUACCCAAGCCUAGGUCAGGGUAGUGACACUGUAGGACCUUGGAGUGAUACCCACAGCCAAAUCCAAACUUCAAGUCAUGCCCUCCAGAACGCUCGAGGAAUGCAAUAUUCAGAUCCUACCCUACAGCCUCAACAGACACAGGCCCACUUCAACAAUCAGCCAAACCUCUACAACAGCCCUGAUGGAACCCACAAACUUGUCAUCAAGCCAGAGCAGCAGUUUCACCCUGGGAUGGGAGCUGGAGAUGCCUGUCAAAAUGCCAAGCUCCAACAGCAGCGAAUGCACCUCCAGCAGACUCAGGGUUACUCACAACAGUCAGGCCAGGUUAUGAUGAGGAACUCUAAUAAUCCCAGCUGUGACUUUCCAGUGAACCCCAACUCCUUCCCUAGUGGAGGAGGCCUGAGCUUGGGCUGUGCUGGCACUGUGCUUUCAGAUGGACAGAGAUCUGAAACCCCCAUGAUGCAGGUGAAGGAGAUGAUGGUGAGGAACUACGUUCAGUCCCAGCAAGCUCUCAUGUGGGAGCAGCAACAAGAACAGCAACAACAGCAGCAGCCAAGUGGAAUAAAACCUCCUCCAUUAUCUGAUAAUGUUGAUAUGAGUGCUCAGACUGCAAUGAUGCAGCACAGUCCACAGCACCAAAACCAGAAUCUAUACCCUAACCAGCCCUAUCAAAGCUAUCCCAACCAGAACCUUGUCAUGAGCCCACCGGCCCACACCAGAGGACCCAGCUCUGUGACACCUAAAGACCAGCAGCUGACAGGUCUCCAAGGCUCAUGUUAUGGCCAGGACAUGGUGGUCCCAAGGCCUCCUCAGGGACGGAAACCGCUCAGUCGCCAGAACAGCCUGUCACAGGUUGGAAGUUAUCUUGGCAGCCCACCCCAUCUCAGUCCUGUCCACUCCACUUCCAGCCCAAGACGAGGGAUCCGACUUCCUCCCAUCCAGCAUCCACAGCACCCACAAAAUGAAAUGUUCUCUCCUUCCAAUAACAACAACAUGUACUACUCUGGUCAGAUAAAUUUGGACUUAGAGAAACACAUGGACCCCCAGAAUGGACCUUGUCUGAAUCAGCAGCUAAGUAUGGCAUCUAACCUGGACCCUACAGGUGGCACAAAGUCUGCCUCCAUGCCUCCUUAUUCUGAAUCUGGACCCAUGUCCAAUGCCUUGGAGAACUUGGACCUGGACAAUGCACGCAUAGACUUCACCUCCAUCAUUGAUGAUGCAGAGUCUUCCUCUUUCAGCCCAGUUAACAAUCCCCUUCAGGGUCAACCAGGGUCCUCCUCCCAGGCAUCAUCCCGCCUUACCACCCCCCAGACUUCUGUCAACCUAGCUGCAGGCUCUGGGUUGUCCAACAUGGCUGUGGGUGACAUGACAUCUAUGCUUACCUCACUGGCUGGGGAGAAUAAAUACCUGAACACACUGUCUUAGAAGAAAACCUUUGGUAUCUUAUCUCAGACUGAUAAGCAAGUACAGACCCUGGACAAAUCUUAUUGUUGAAGAUCCCACCUGGAAAUGUACUUAGCUCCCUGUCCAGGUUAACCAACCAUGGGUUGUCUCUUGCUGUGAUUUUUUUCCUGGUACUUUGCAAAAAACCUUAGGGUGACUCAGUUCGGUUCUUGCCAAACAAGCCUUUAAAACAACCACAUUUACCUGUGUAGAAUCAAAAACUAAGGGACAAGGGUCUCUUGGUACGGGAUACCCAAUGUAACAUGAGAAAUAAAAUAGUGUUAAUGGGUUUACUUUGCAAGUUGAGACUAACCCUACUUAUACAACAGGUUUCAAAGUUUUAUGAAUACCCACCCCAACCUUAAAACCAAAGGUGCCUGAUCAACCUCCCUUGUUGUAUUGUUCCUUUAGUGCCUUGGUACUUGGUAAAGUUCCAGAGUUAUAUGCCUGACAUGAAACUGAUACUGAUUUUUUCCAAACAGGCAUUCCAGUCAUGUAGGCUGUAGAAACAGUGGAGCAGAGAAGGAUGCAUGUAAAUAAGUUUUAUAAACAUUUAGAUAUAUUCUAUAUAUGACAAUGAGACAGCGGACAAAUCAUCCCCUGCCUUGUUAUAGACUGCUUGGAUUCUGAAGGCCAAUGUUCAGAUGGGUUGGUUGUACGAAGAGAUGAGUAAAGACUAAAGAUGUGCUUUUGGUGAAUGAGAAUAUUUUCUCAGUGCAACUAAAUAAUGAUCUGUAUUACAAGGGUUUUUUUUGAGAACAAAACACUUUUCAUAGUGGCAAAUCAGUAUUCCAACACAUGCUACAAUGCAUUCACAAAAACAAUAUAGCCUACACAAACACUCAGGACUUGUUGGUGUUUGCAUCUUUGGUGUUUAAAUGACCUUUAUAUUGUAAUUGCCUUUCCAGACAGAGAGUUUGCACUCCACAUGUUUACUGUACAUGUUCUUAAAGCAGCUGUGUAUAUUUUCCCCAGUGAUUUUGAAAACUUUAAAACAGUAAGGCUAUGCUCUUUCAAAGGUACUCACAAGAGGGAUGGAUGAUAAGUAAAGCUUAUCAAAUAUGUCAAACAACCCCUUAUCAUCAAAGUAUAUAUCAUAUAUUCAAGCAUAAUGCCCUUGCUUGGCAAACAAAUGAAUUUCAACCCAUACAUGAUGAAGUUGAGCAAAACAGCUAUUUUGAAUUUAACCAGAAUUAGCUGGUUGCAUCUGUGAACUGAUUAGUUAUUGCUUCUAUGAAAAAUGGAGCUUCACUCAUAGUACAGUGCUUUUGCACUUUGGCUCGAAUCCCAAAGAGCAGUUUUUAUGUACAAUUACCCUUCUGAAUUCUAGAAAGGCUCAAGAAUUGGGAGUAUACCAACCCGACCACUGUAGUAAAAUGAAUUAUAUGCUAUGUGUACACUGAGGUACUUCUUGCAACUAUUGAGCUGUAUGAUACAGAAGAAGGCUGCAGCUCUUGAUGAGCAAAUUAAUUUUACACUGUGGCUUUGCACUGACUACAGCACUGUGUGAAAAGGUCUAAGACUCCCGUGACUGUUCACAGGCACCUCAUUUGUUAAUUUUCAAGUACAUCACAGUAUUUUUUUUAAAUAAAUAAUCAUUGGAAUACUCAUCUGAGCAUGUUUAGACUCAACAAACAUAUUUGUGACUUUUAGUAGUGCCACUUUAUUCUGAGAAGCAUUAGCAGGAAUGAACAUUUCUUCAUUAUGGAAAAAGUGUACAACCUACCAAAGACACCUUAAAGAUAGAGAAAAGAUGCACAAAUAGUCUAUUUUAACACAACACUAAUACCAGCAAUAAGGGCAUAAACAUUGACUGAUAGUGCUGUUGUUUAGAAUGUAUGAAAUGUUUUGUACAAAGUUAUCCUUUUAUAUUAAUGAACUUUAUGGACAUUGCCUUCUACAUGUGUGUUUGUGUGUGUGCGUGUGUGUUUGUCAUCCUUCAUUCUGUCUUUUUUGCUGGCAAAAGAAUAUCCCCUUUAGCAAAAGAAAGCUAUGAUAGUAGCAUUAACUAUUAUAGACAAAAGCCAAGUGUUAUAUUUUGUGUACAAUUUUCUACAUUUUUAUACAAAUGUGCUAUAUUUUACCAGUUUAUGAAUAAAACAUGUUCAGUGGGAUAAUAUAAUGUUUGUGUAAUAUUUCUUUCCAUGUCUGUCACUGUAAAAGAAGGUGGCUUUGGGGUAAAAUGCAACAUGAAUACAACAUGAAUGCUAUGACAAUUCCUAUCUGAAAAUUUCUUGGGGAUUUAAGGUGCAUCAAACAAGCUUAAAAAUGUGGGUAUAAUGCUUGCUUUGCUGGGUUACAUGUUUCUAUGCCUGAUGGAUGAAUGCACUGGCUCAUUUUCACCAACAGAGUGCAGUAUAGCUUGAGAACAACUACAAAAGCCACUGUUUAUCUCUGCAAUUCAC